AUGCCAAAUCUCAAUGCCCCAGACACCCCACGUCGCCAGCAGUUAAUACGAAGGUCGCAUAGUGUUGGCUCGGCGCCUUUACAGUCCGAAUUUGAAUUUGAAGCAAAUACAACAAACGCCUCCGAUGAAAAUAAAGAAGACGCACAUACCCGAGAGUCAAAUACGACGCCGAUUAUAAUGCGAGAAAUCACUUACUAUGGGCACAUGAACAUCAUGCCUCAAGUUGGUAUUGUGCAAGGCGUUGGGUGCAAUGUGCUCAAUCAGGAAGGCUCGUCACCCAGCAUCCCAAGUCUUGUAUUUGUUAGUUUCAUCGUGUCUGCGCUCAGCUUCCUGUUAUCGAAACUACUGGGAUAA